AUGGACAACGCAUCAAAGCCUUCACCAAACCGCCUCAUCGCUUGGCUUCGCCGUGUGUAUCGGCCCAUAGGCUUCUCGAGAGGCUACAACUUUGCGCUUUGGUUCAUCUUGGGCGGUGCACUUAUGGGAUUCUCCUUUGCGCGCCUCAAAUACCUCGACUUCCGCGUCUUGUGCCCAAACCCUCUGCCAAAGGGGCCUGGAGGAGCAGUUCCAGGCGAGUGCUACUACUUUGAGAAUACCACUGGCCGAGCUGGGAUCAUUAUGCACCUGGCUGGCAUCCUACCGGCCGCUAUUCUCGUCAUCUUCCAGUUUCUCCCGGCUAUUCGUCAUAGGUUUCUUAUCUUCCACCGUAUCAACGGCUACAUCAUCCUUUUACUCUCCAUUCUCAGCAUUGUCGGUGUCUUGAUGAUCGCCAAAAGUACAUUCGGCGGGACUCUUGAUAUGCAGGCUGCUACGGGAACAGCCAGCAUCGCUUUUCUGGUUUGCCAGGGCUUAGGCUACUACAACAUAAAGAAGCUCCAGAUUGAGCAGCAUCGUGCUUGGAUGCUGCGAGGCUGGGUUAUUGUCGGCUUCGUCAUCACUAUGAGAAUCAUCGCUAUAAUCAUGUCCAGGAUUACUAGCUCCAUGAGCCCCUACUACUCUGUCGGGUCUUGCGCUGUUGUGGACUACAUGUACUCCCAUAACAAAACCAUCGUCGAAGCCCUGUACCCCAAUUGUGCAAGUUUCUACACCGGCGAGGCUCUUGAUCAGCGCAUUCUCAUCAAGGGGGAUUUCAACGCCCCUAGGCCAGACCAGAAAGCAUCGGGGCUCAAUGUAACCUUCGGAGCCAGCGCUUGGCUCGCCCUCGCAAUCCACUGCAUCGCUGUCGAGCUCUACCUGCGUUUGACGCCCGCCGAAGCAGAGAGACUCCGCCGCGUCUCUUAUCAGCGACAACUUGAGGCAGGCAUGAAGAAUCCAGGCAACGCUGGCCUGACGGCCCAGAGGCUGGGAGAUGCGGAACCUUGGGCGUGUGCCGAUGAUGGCGGCUCGGUUUGCAGACAAGCAUCGCCUGAGAUGGACCGCGAUUAGGGAGGAGCAUCGUACUCAAUGAUGCCUGAACUUGGGUAGCCGCAGAUUGUUCAAGAUGGUAAUUAGG